AAUCUGACACUGUUAAUAAAUAAUAAACACGCUAUGCACGCCAAUCUGAGCUAUUGGAUUGGAUUUAAAUGCGCGUUGCGCUUUCCAGUGGCAUUGUUCGUUGCUUGCCACCUCUCCUCUUCCUUUUCUGUCUCCUCAACCUCCUUUUGCCCUUCUAAUCCUAUCGCGCCUUUAGCCUUCCGGUGUUCGACGAAAUGCCUGAGCCAUGCUCUCCCUCACAACCUUUUCUACUCACCUCCUCGUCUCCUCCUGCUCGCUCCCAAAUUUGAGCUCUCAGUCUCACUCCACUCGCUCCAUUCUCCUUGUUGCUUCGAUAAGAAGAAGGAAACGAUUAGGGAGCAGUUUGUGCAUCUGAGUUCUGUUGCGCCGAAGAACGGUGGUUGUGGUGGGGGCGGUGAACCUGGUCGUUUUUCUGGCCUUGUGAGGAGGUGUCUGAAGUGGGAUAGCGAGGGGGAUUUUGCUUUGGAGGGGGAGAUUUUGGAGUUUAUGAAGGAGUCGAGGAAUCCGGAGGCGUUUCCGAGCAAGAAAGAACUGGUUGAAGCCGGGAGGAUGGACUUGGUGGAUGCUAUCGUGGAUAGAGGUGGUUGGCUCUCGCUGGGCUGGGAUUUGAACGAUGAGGAGAACGAGAAGGUCCAAGAUAAUGUUCCUACUGGGGUUUCUUAUUCUUCCUCAGCGGAUAAAGAAUGUGCUGGUGUUUUUAAUUCGGUGGUAAACGGAAUUCAGAGCUCUGGGAUGGUUCCUAGUUUUUCAGGAACUUCUUCUCCCCAGCCUCGUCGUCUGGUAGAUCACUCUGUAGAGGAUGAGUCUGGGAUUGAGGGUAUAUUGAAUCGAUUGGAGAAACAAAGAAAUAUAACUUUUGGGUUUGGAUUGAGAGAGCAAGGAAAUGAUGCUUACUUCCCAAGUAAUCAUUGUGAAGAUGAGUGGGAUCCUGGAACCUCAAUAGAUACGACAGUUGCUAGACUGGAAAGCAGCAGUGAAUUGACUUCUUUAAGUUCCAAUAUGCACAUUGAAAAUGAUUUGGGAGGCAAGCUGGAUCAGAACAGAUCUUUGUUAGAUGGUGAUGGUUUAGUAAACUCACUUAAGCCAGACAUGUGGAGAACUUGGAGCAUUCAGAGGGCAGGCUUUUCUGAUGCCAGUUUUGAAGCUGCUGAAAUUGCCUACAAUGAAACUAGGAUGGAAGGGCCAAUGGAUGGUUCAGGAGACAAGAUUCUUGAAAUAAGAGAUGUUACUGGUGAAUCUUUUAACACAGUGAAAGAAUUGGGCUCAUCUCCAAAAGAGAUUAAUCACAAUGAAAUACGAAGUCGACUUCAGCACCUGGAGUCAGAGCUUUCCUUUGUUCUUCUCUCAUUGAGGUCAAAUGCUGAUAAAGCUAUGUCACAGCAGGGUCAUGAAAGCUCCUCAAAGGAGUUGCGGAACCUUUCUGAUGCUUGGGAGUUCCAGGAAAAUGAGAUCAUGAAUGCUCAAGGCAGAUUACGGUCAAUACGUGCAAAGUUAGCAGUACUAGAGGGAAAGAUGGCACUGGCAAUAAUCGAUGCUCAAAAGAUGGUGGAGGAGAAACAGAAGAGAAUUGAUGAUAAUCGUAGGGCUUUACAACAUCUUCGUACUACAUGCAUAGUUUGGGUCAAUCCAGCCUCCGUGGUGCUCUUAGCAGGUUCAUUCGAUGGUUGGGCUACCCAGAGAAAGAUGGAACAGUCAAGUACGGGUUUCUUUUCUUUUCGCCUCAAGCUGUACCCGGGCAGAUACGAGAUCAAGUUUAUUGUCGACGGUGAAUGGAGGGUUGAUCCCCUACGCCCUAUCGUCAAAAACAAUGGAUACGAGAACAAUCUGCUUAUUGUCACAUAAAGACGCGAUCGUGAUACUAAUGAUGGGCCUUUUUUUUUUUUUUUUUGUUCUUUUGAUUCUUUCACCUCAGCGGAUUGGGCAUCUGCAACGCUCUUAGAUGCUUUUCCUUUUCCUUGUCUUUUCGAAUGGUAUAUUGUUUCUCCUUCUUGUCUGUUGAUGUAAAUACAUCUAUCUUACACAGAAUGAUCUUACUCGAGAGUUUUUUUUUUUUUUUUAGAAUUCAUAUAAUUUGUGAUACAAUGGAUCAUAUUCAGCGCAAUAUAUUGAAAGUUCAUAUU